AUGGGAUUCUGUUUCUCGAAAUUUAGAGAAAUCCCAAUAUCAUCAUCUUCCUCAGACUCUCCUAUUCGUCCUCGGUAUAAUCCAAUUCGACAACACCACGCACUCCCACCACCACCACCUCCACCUCCACCUCCACCUCCACCUCCACCGCCGCCAAAACCAGCUCCGUCUCCAAAACUUUUGCCAAGAAUCACCACCACUCCUGCACCAUCUUCAUCCUCCGAAAUUGGCCUAGUUUUAGGCAAGCCUUACAUAGAUAUUAAAACAUUCUAUGAUAUUCACAAAGAGCUUGGAAGAGGGCAAUUUGGAAUCACCUAUCUUUGCACCGAUAAGGCAACUGGCUACAAAUAUGCAUGCAAAUCCAUUUCCGUAAAAAAACUGGCGACUAAAAAAGAUGUAGAAGACGUGAGAAGGGAGAUUAUGAUUCUGGAGCAUUUGACUGGACAGCCCAAUAUUGUUGAGUUCAAGGGUGCCUAUGAGGACAGGGUAAAUGUGAAUUUGGUUAUGGAAUUUUGCAGUGGAGGUGAACUUUUUGAUAGGAUUACUGCCAGAGGGAGUUAUUCUGAAAAAGAGGCAGCAAAAAUUGGAAGGCAAAUUGUGAAUGUGGUUCAUGUUUGCCAUUUCAUGGGUGUGAUGCAUAGAGACCUUAAGCCUGAGAAUUUCUUGCUCGUUAGUCGUGAGAAAGAUUCUCCAUUGAAGGCAAUUGAUUUCGGGCUUUCAGUCUUCAUCGAGCAAGGGAAGCGUUAUAGAGAUCUUGUUGGAAGCGCAUAUUAUGUGGCGCCUGAAGUACUACGACGAAGCUAUGGGAAGGAGAUAGAUGUCUGGAGUGCUGGAGUCAUAUUGUAUAUACUUUUAAGUGGAUUUCCUCCAUUUUGGGCUGAGACAGAAAAUGGAAUAUUUGAAGCAGUUUUAGAUGGCUAUGUGGAUUUCCAAAGUUCGCCCUGGCCUUCUAUAUCAAAGGGUGCGAAGGAUCUUAUCCGGAAAAUGUUGACAAUGGAGCCUAAAAAGAGGAUUACUGCAGCCGAUGCCCUUGAGCAUCCGUGGCUCAAAGAAGACGGUGAAGCAUCAGAUAAACCUAUUGAUAGUGCCGUUCUAAUCAGGAUGAAACAGUUCAGGGCAAUGAACAAGCUGAAGAGACUUGCAUUAAAGGUUAUUGCAGAAAACCUCUCAGAAGAAGACAUCAAGGGAUUGAAACAAAUGUUUGAAAACAUGGACACUGAUGGAAGUGGUACAAUUACAUUUGAAGAAUUGAAAACCGGGUUGUCUAAGCUAGGCUCGAAGCUCACUGAGGCAGAAAUACAACAGCUAAUGGAAGCUGCUGAUGUUGACAAGAACGGAACCAUAGACUACAUUGAAUUUAUUACUGUGACCAUGCAUCGUCAUAGACUCGAGAACGAAGAGCAUUUGUACAAGGCUUUUCAGUAUUUUGACCAUGAUGGUAAUGGAUUUAUCACCAGAGAUGAGCUUAGACAAGCUAUGCAACAAUAUGGAAUGGGAGAUGAAGCUACAAUCGACGAGGUUAUUAAUGAUGUAGAUACUGAUAGAGAUGGGAGGAUUAAUUAUGAAGAAUUCGUAGCUAUGAUGAGAAAGGGAACUGUGGACGACAAAGACGAGCUAACAAAUUGGCCCUAUUAUGAGAAAGUGAAUUCUGGAUAA